GCACCUGCACAAUUCUAUCCGCUAACAGCGUCUAUACUUUUCGAGCCAGCAGUCUUGCGAUCACAUCCACACCCGUCAGUCCAACAAACACGAUGGGUCGGGUUAUUCGCAAUCAGAGGAAGGGGCGAGGGUCCAUCUUCACGGCCAACACCCGCCUGAACAAAGCACCCGCACAGUUCCGCACGUACGACUUUGCCGAACGCCAUGGCUACAUCCGCGGCGUCGUGAAGGAGAUUGUUCACGAUGCCGGCCGUGGCGCACCGCUCGCCCGGGUCGUCUUUCGUGAUCCGUACCGCUUCAAACUCCGCACCGAGACCUUCAUCGCCAACGAGGGCAUGUACACCGGCCAGUUCAUCUACGCCGGCAAGAACGCCUCUCUCAGCAUCGGCAACGUGCUCCCCCUCGGGUCGAUGCCGGAAGGUACCGUGGUCAGCAACGUGGAAGAGAAGGCUGGUGAUCGAGGCGCUCUGGGCAGGACGAGCGGCAACUAUGUCACCGUCAUCGGACACAACCCCGACGAGGGUAAGACCCGAGUGAAGCUGCCGAGUGGAGCGAAGAAGGUGGUGAAGAGCACCGUGCGUGGGAUGAUUGGCAUUGUCGCUGGAGGAGGACGUACCGACAAGCCUCUGCUCAAGGCAUCCCGUGCGAAGCAUAAGUUCGCCGUCAAGCGCAACUCGUGGCCCAAGACCCGUGGUGUGGCUAUGAACCCCGUGGACCAUCCCCACGGUGGUGGUAACCAUCAACAUAUUGGUAAGGCGUCGACCAUCUCUCGCUACGCUGCACAAGGUCAAAAAGCCGGUCUCAUCGCCGCCCGGAGAACUGGUCUGCUACGUGGUACUCAAAAGACAAAGGACUAGACGCAUGGAGAGUGACGGGAGGGUUCCUUUACGCUUUGUCGUGUUGCUGCUGUAGCUUGCGGUGCUUUCUUGCGCUGUAGUGUGAUACAGGAGGAUACCUUCAAAAGACAAAUCAUCGUAUCUGACG